AUGAUUUGUAACAUGGCUGACGGUCAGCGAGCCGGCGAAGAGAAACCGAAACGAGCGAGAGUACGAUCAGGGUGCAUGCAAUGCAGGACCAAACGACGGAAAUGUGACGAAGCCAAACCUGUCUGUGGUCGGUGCAAAGGCAAGAAGGAGGCCUGCCAAUGGGGCACUCGCAUCGUCUUCCGAGAGGAAAACAAUCACGGGUUAAGCACGCUACAGCUGUUACCAAAGCACAAGACGUCGAAGAGCAUAGCACCUGGGGGCUUUCAGAUACAGGACAUCACGGCUGAGGUCAUCCGAGAACAGCAGCACCGAGAGGAGGUAGAACGAUCAGCGCUCACAAUAGAGCCGGCCUCAGCGGAGCACGACCGCUCACCCCGAUUGGCGGAUGAAGCUGCUAAACACUUUGAUGCUGCAUACUCCUGGGAAACGGCCGCUGCUGUAGACCAAAUGCUAGUAGCAUCUGAAGUAUGUACGAAAAUCGAUGACAACUGCCAACAGUCGUUAUUUGUAGGCAACACAGGGACUGCAAACCCAUUGCCGGUUGUGAACGAAUUAUCUUACGAAUGGUCCAUUCCAACAGCGCUGGGAUCGUACGACGACAGUAUCUUCCUUCCUGGCUCCGCAUAUCUUGAUGCGCACUCAACACUACGCAGUCAUCUCAUACAGGAGGUAAACAUAAGUAGUGCGACCCGGACAAGAACGCCUGAGCUACCUCAGGACGACAGGCUUGACAUGUCCGGUCUUGGCGAUGAAUUUUUAAACGGCCAUGUGCCCCUCCAAGAAUUUUUGACUGACGAAGACGAGUAUGCUCUCCUUGAGAACUGGGUCGAAGAACUUUCGCCUUGGCUCGACAAAUUCGACGACCAACGUCAUUUUCAACAUACUCUCCCGAUAAUGGCUCGCUCUCAUGCGCAUUUGCGAUUCUCGAUACUCGCCACCUCUGCUCGUCAGCUAGAACGCAAAGAGCGAAACUCACACACUGAGCGUAGUCUCGCUUUGUACCAGAAGGCAAUUCAACUCGUCCUUCCUGAGCUACACACUCGAAGCACUCCUGUUAUCGCGUCCUGUGUAGUCUUGUGUGUGCUGGAGAUGCAGAGUAGUUCGCCCAAAGCUUGGCGCCAACACCUCGACGGCUGCGCACACCUCAUACAAGCGUCUGGCAUUAACGGCUUCUCCGGGGGUGUAAAGCAAGCUUUAUUUUGGUGUUUUGCGCGUAUGGAUGUGUGCGGAGGUCUGAUCACCUCCAUGAGCACGCUCAUUCCUAUGACACACUGGGCUUCAGGAUUGACUCUCGAUGACGACACCAAUUUGUUCAGAAAGACGAGCGGAUUUAGUACUUACGCUUGCUACGCAGUCUAUCUGUGUGGGCAUGUUCUGGAUCUCUCUACCCAAAAGCUGCAGCUCGCUUCGCAUGUGGGCGUCUCCCCAAAUACAUCAAUAGAAAGUUCAGAGAGGACAUCAUUAUCCUACAGUGCGCGUUGGACUGAGCUCUGGGGUUACAUCGAUGACUGGUACCGCCACCGACCAGAUGAAAUGCAGCCCAUUGCUUCCGUUCUGACAGAAUCAUGUCCUUUCCCCAAAAUUCUCUACAGCAACCCUGCAGCCAUAUCAGGGAACCAAUUGCAUCAUACAACCUCAAUAUUAAUGCUACAGCACAAGCCUUCUAGCAUGAUGCGUUCGCCCAGAGCGCGCUCAAUAUUGUGGCAUGCUCGGCAGAUCUGCGCUAUCUCCAUCACCAAUCAUCAUCAUGGGGCAUGGACAAACUCCAUCCAGCCACUUUGGAUUGCCGGACAAUGGCUGAGCAACCCUAGUGAGCAGCAGGCUAUUCUAGAUGUGUUGGAGCGUAUAGAGAAGGAAACAGGAUGGGGUACAAAGUGGAGGGUUAAAGACCUGAAGACAUUCUGGGGUAAUCGAGAUCACAAGACAAUAGUCAGUUCAGGUCCUUCCUAA